CUGGUCUCUUUCCCCUGCUCUGCUUAUUGGCCCAGAUAUGAAUGACACUUCUCUACCCGAGCCAACAUUCCCCUACUGCAGCUGCGCUCUCUUCAGUGCAAGGGACAUGCUUUUAAUGUUUAACUGGAAGAAGGUAUGAAAGGGAGAGUGAGGGAGGCAAAGUGCAUAUGGGAAUGAAAGAGGUGAAAGUAAAGGGUAACUCUAUGGGGCUGGUGCAUUGUACUGUAUACAUUGCCAAAGAUGUUUGUAAGAUGGGCUAAUGGUUGAUGACAUGAGUAUGGUAAGAACUGGCACUUAGACAGACAUAGAGCCAGGGCAUGUGAUUGGCUUUUAACUCAAAAAGUCACAGGAGCAUACAGUCUGUUAUGGGCAGUGGCUGCAGCAGGGACAGUAGCAGUGUACUUAUUGUCCGCAGUCAGCAGCCCAGACCUCCGUCCAAGAGAGAGCCUUCAGUUGGUAACAGAGUCCAAGAAGAAACAGUUGUCUCCCAGAUAAAAACAGAAGAUGAACCUACUAAAGAGGGGAAGGAGUCGGAGAGAGGCAGACUGAUACCAAGGGUCAUUGAUGAAGAUCUUCAGAUGCUUGAUGAGUUGUUGGAAGAUUCCCAGGACUGUUUGUCUGGUACCGCUCCUAAAUUCAAGGCACAGACUCCUCUUAAAUCCAGAUGUCACCUUACAAGCCCUCAGUUAGGGCCACAAAUCUAUGGAGAGAAACCCCUAAACCCUGACACGUCAUGGACGAUACAAGCACAGGUACAACCUUCCGCUUCCCUGCUCCACAAUAUCCAUUACAGACAACUGGACACCAGAAGCAAAACAGUUCUGAAAACCAGAAAUACCCAGGAUGCAGAGAACAACAAUCUUCCCUAUCAAUUCCAAUGUGCACAAGAGGCUGAAGAGGAAAAGCCAACUCUGAAGUACAAUAAAUCUGAAGAAGUGCUCAUGGAUAUUAUUGCACGGCAGUAUUCCCAGUGAGACUUUCUCUCGCAGUUAAAAGGGCAACCAAAGCAACUGAGAAACCAAUAGGGGAAAUGCACUUUAUCCAACACAACAACAGCAGCAUAUUUUCCAUUGCUCACAUGGAAACACUUGUCUUUAGAAAGAUCACUAAUGAUUUAAUUCUGUUUUUAUACAGAUGAAAUAAGUAAAUGCCUUAUUUUAUAUAUAUAUAUA